CGUGUGUUUUGAAGGAACGCGACCAUGACGCCCUAAUUUGAAAAAGCGAUGGAACUCCCUCUGCGCACCUUCCAAACUAUCGUCUGUUUUGGAAAACAUUUUUAUCGCGAAAGCACGCUGUCUACCGUUCCAUUCCUCCAUUAUUACUGAAUGGCGUGAUUGUUUACAGCUCAUAGUCCCCCUACCGUAGUGCUACGAACUGUACAUGGCUGUCACUACGCACCUCAAAACAUUCGUUACUUAAUGGAAAAGAAACUGCACGUGACGAUAGCAUAUGGAGCUGUGCUUGGGGAAGAAUGGAAAAGAAAGGCGAUGAAAGUGAUGACUGUGAAGGCUCAAGGUUUGAUGUUGCUAGCUCAGUUCCAUCGUCGCUGCCUUGCCAUUAAUCAUGGCUGCUCCGCUUUCUGUUUGCGCCAAAGAAGAGCAACGUUCAGUGAUCCGGUUUUUGUGGUCGGAAGGUGUAUCAGGGGCUGCAAUCCAUCAAAGACUUUCAGCAAAAUAUGGGAACAAUGUUUUGCCACAACGGAGUAUCUACGAAUGGUUUGAAAAAUUCAAAACCGGUCGCACAAGUGUUACGCAUGAGGAAGGAGCCAGACAACCAUCCACAGCCACAAAUGAGGACAACAUUGAGCAUGCACGUGACAUGGUUCUGUUAGACAGACGAGUGAAUAUUGAUGAAGUGACAAAUUGUUUGCAAAUUAGUUAUGGUUCUGCCUACGACUUCAUCCACAACAGACUUAGGUUUCAUAAAGUCUUUGCAAGAUGGGUCCCAAAACAACUCACAGUGUUUCAUAAACAAACGCACUUGGACAUCUGCCAACAACAUUUGGAUCGCUAUGGUAACGAACGUGACAUCAUCUUAGACAGAAUCAUCACUGGUAACGAAACAUGGAUCCAUCAUUGCGAGCUGGAGAGUAAACGGCAGAGUAUAGAAUGGAAACAUCCACAAUUGCCCAGCAAGAAGAAGUUCAAAAGCCAACCAUCUGCAGGAAAACAAGCUUACAGUUUUUUGGGACUCACAAGGCCCAGUACUGGAACAUUAUCAGGAGAGGGGCACAACAAUAAACAGUGCUCGUUACUGACAGGCUAAAGCCUGCAAUUUGAAACAAACGCCGAGGACUACUGUUGAAAGGUGUUGUGUUGUUGCACGACAAUGCCUGUCCACAUACUGCUGCCCACACUGCUGAAACCCUUCAGAAACUCAAGUUUGAUGUAAUGGCUCAUCCUCCGUAUAGUCCUGAUCUCGCCCCUUCUGAUUACCACUUGUUUGGUCCACUCAAAGAGGCAUUAAGGGGCCGUCAAUUCACCUCCGACCAAGAAGUGAAGGAAGCGGCGCAUGCGUGGCUCGCUGCUCAGCCGAAAACCUUCUUUUCUGAGGACAUCAGGAAGCUUGUGCAAUGAUGGAGCAAGUGCGUUGAAAGGCAAGGGGACUAUGCUGAAAAAUGAUGUUAAUGUAAGUUUUCUAUUUGUAUUGAUAUAAAAUUUAUAGCUACGUUGCGGAUAAUUAUUGACU